AUGGACUCACUCGGAAAGCACGUGGGUAUUGAUCACCAUGUCGAUAUUGAUGCAAGGGCUGUUAAUCUCGCUUUCACGGCUUUUCUCAUCUCGAAUUUGGUCGCUUGGCUGUUUAUGGUUGUGAUACAAUAUUUUAUUUUCAAAGUCCUCUACUACUCAAAUCAACAAUCGCUUCGCCAGGGAUCUCCUCCUACCUCACGGUCCUUGCAGGCAACUUCGAUCAAAGGUCCAACGACUGGGGAGACAUACUUGUUAGUCGGAGGACUAUGGUUGAUUCAUGCAUUCGUCAAUGCCAUCCUCUCCUCGAUUUUAGACACUUUCGUGUGGUUGUUCUCGAGUCCGGAAACUGCCGCAACAUAUAUGAACUGGAGGGACAGUCUAUACAACAUGAGAUACUGGGCCGGCGGGGUAAAAUCUGGGGUUGCGGGAAGUGUUAAGAUGCUUGCGGUGGAACUGAUAGCCACAUGGAUAUUGUCCCAGACUUUCCUUCUCAUUUCCGAUACUCUGAUACCGCUCCUUUAUGAGCUGCGACAAGAUCAUAAGAUCGUCCUAGCGAGAAUCCAACAACGUGUAUUGGAACUCCAUCACUAUGUUCGGAUGAUGGAUUGGGAGAAUGAUUCGGAGUUGGUGACAACGAAGAUGGAGGACGAGAGUUCAAAUGGAAAUCAGGAACAGAUCAUUGAAUUGUCCCGUCAGAGAAGUGAGAGUCUUACGAACGGUGAUCAUGAGAGGAAAUUGGAUUGGAUAUUAGUGAUCGAUGAAGAAGCGUUGAAUGAAAUGAAGGAGAUGUUAGGUCCUCCUGGUGGAUUUGGCGAGUUAGGAUUUAAUGUUGCAAAGGAUAGAGUGUGCUUGGGUGCCGUCAGUCGGGGAUCGAGUUUCAUCUUGACGUUUGAGUUGGAGGGCAGUGAGGAUGAGAGGAAGAAAGCGGGAAAGAGGAGCGGGAGAAGGGGGGUGGAGAUUGAAAGAAACAAUGUGGAGAGGAAUUAA